CAGUAAUAAUCAGAAAAAUCGAUCAAAAUGGUCUCAUAAUUCUCUCUAUCUUUUUUUUUCUCUCAAAGAUACCUGCUCUCGCCCACAAGCCGAUUUUUUGUUUCUAGAUUAAAUUAGUUUUUAUAUUCGAAGCCUAACAUUCGCAAAUAAAAAGUUAGAAUUUUUUUUCUCGUUUCGAUGGUGAGAAAGUCACAGUGAUUAAUCUAAUCAUUCUGUGCAAAUCGUUGUUUUUGUCUCUUGGGUUAAUAAUCGUCAUCAUUUUGUUUGGAGAGAGAAGCUGUACAGAAAGAUUGUAUUUUUUUCUUCCUUUUGUUUUCUGGGUUUGUUGUGAAACCCAGAAGAACAGAGAAGGGAAGGAGGAGACGAGAAAACGAAAAGAUAUAUUUCUUCUUCAGUGCUAAAUUCGGAUCCGGGUCGGGUGGGUUUUUGUUUUCGGUGUCGGAUCAGAGUCCACUUGGAUGUUAGCGGCGGAACUGGCGAUUUCCGUUUGCGGCUGCGGCGGCUGUGACGGCGUUUGUGGUUCGUCGACUUCAAUCAAUCAGGACUCUCAUCGCAGUUUGAGCAAAGACUCAGUCACAUUCGUGGAUCUUAAAUGGCUGGUUUUGAUGAAAAUGUCGCUGUAAUGGGAGAAUGGGUGCCUCGUAGUCCUAGUCCAGGGACCCUCUUCUCCUCUGCGAUUGGACAAGAGAAAAGCUCGAAACGUGUUCUCGAAAGAGAGCUUUCUUUGAAUCAUGGUCAAGUUACUGGUUUGGAAGAAGACACAACUGGUAAUAACAACAACAAGGAUUCUUCACAAACCAACGUUUUACGCGGUGGCUUAAGCGAGAGAAUUGCUGCUCGAGCUGGUUUUAAUGCUCCGAGGUUAAACACCGAGAAUAUCCGCACUAAUACCGACUUUUCCAUCGACUCUAGUCUUCGGUCUCCUUGCUUAACCAUCUCUUCUCCUGGCCUAAGCCCUGCAACGCUCUUGGAAUCUCCGGUCUUUCUUUCUAAUCCAUUGGCUCAACCGUCUCCAACUACCGGGAAAUUCCCAUUUCUUCCGGGUGUUAACAGUAAUUCAUUUUCUUCUGCUGCUGCUUCUGAUAAAGCGAAAGAUGAGUUCUUUGAUGAUAUUGGAGCAUCAUUCACCUUCCAUCCCAUUUCAAGAUCCUCUUCCUCUUUCUUCCAAGGGACAACAGAGAUGAUGCCAGUUGAUUAUGGUAACUACAACAACGAAUCUUCUCAUCAUUCUCCUGAAGAAGAUGUGAAACCCGUUUCUCAAAACAUGGAAAGCUCUAAUCUUUAUGGGAUUGAAACUGAACAAAGUGGCCAGAAGAGGAAGAAAUCUGAUGCCACAACGAACACCGGUCUUGAAACAGUUGAUCAUCAAGAAGAAGCAGAAGGAGAAGAGCAAAGACGCGGUGAUUCGAUGGUUGGUGGUGCACCUGCGGAGGAUGGAUAUAACUGGAGGAAAUACGGACAAAAGUUGGUCAAAGGAAGUGAGUAUCCGCGAAGCUAUUACAAAUGCACAAACCCGAAUUGUCAGGUGAAGAAGAAAGUCGAGAGAUCAAGGGAAGGUCACAUUACUGAGAUUAUAUACAAAGGAGCUCAUAAUCACUCCAAACCUCCACCUAAUCGUCGCUCGGGAGUGCAAGUAGACGGAACUGAACAAGCUGAACAACAACAACAGCAACAACAACAGCAGCAGAGAGAUAACACUGCAAUGUGGGUUAAUUGCAAUAACACUAACCAACAAGGUGGCAGCAAUGAGAACAAUAUGGAAGAGAGAUCUGAAUAUGGAAACCAAUCUGGAUCGAUUCAAGCUCAAACCGGAGGUCAAUAUGAGUCAGGUGAUGCUGCUGUGGUUGUGGUUGAUGCUUCAUCGACAUUCUCAAACGAUGAAGACGAAGAUGAUCGAGGGACACACGGAAGUGUUUCUUUAGGUUAUGAUGGAGGAGGAGGAGUAGGAGGAGGAGGAGAAGGAGAUGAAUCUGAGUCGAAAAGAAGGAAACUUGAAGCUUAUGCAGCAGAGAUGAGUGGAGCAACAAGAGCAAUACGUGAGCCAAGAGUCGUUGUGCAGACAACAAGUGAUGUUGACAUUCUCGAUGAUGGUUAUCGCUGGCGCAAAUAUGGUCAGAAAGUUGUCAAAGGCAAUCCAAAUCCGAGGAGUUACUACAAAUGCACAGCUCCUGGAUGUACAGUGAGAAAGCACGUAGAGAGAGCUUCUCAUGAUCUCAAAUCCGUUAUAACCACUUACGAAGGCAAACACAACCACGACGUCCCCGCCGCACGCAACAGCAGCCACGGCGGCGGUUCAGGCGGUGGAAACGGUAACAGCGGCGUUUCAGCCGCUCAGACUCAUCAGCAUUACCACAACGGACAUCACUCAGAGCCGCCACGUGGCAGAUUCGACAGACAACUCACGGCGACUAACCAAUCUCCGUAUGGCCGUCCGUUUAGCUUCCAGCCGCAUUUGGGUCCUCCUUCCGGGUUUUCGUUCGGUUUAGGACAAACCGGUUUGGCUAAUCUUUCAAUGCCUGGUUUAGCGUUUGGUCAAGGGAAAUUACCGGUUUUGCCUCACCCGUAUUUGACACAACCGGUUGGGAUGAGUGAAGCGAUGAUGCAGAGAGGGAUGGAGCCGAAGGUUGAACCGGUUUCGGAAACAGGACAAUCGGUAUAUAACCAGAUUAUGAGUAGAUUACCACAGAUUUGAAAAAUCUACUCUUUUCUUCUGCAUUCGCUCGGUGCUUAAAAUAACUUUUAAUCUCUUGUUUUCUUUUCUUUAAUUUAUUAAUUUGAAACUUUUGGG